ACAUUGUACUGGAAAAAUGCUCAGAUUUUCUGUUCCAACAGUUUUGUGUCUUGUGGAAACAAACUAUUCAGGGCUAACAGUAAAAUCUUAUAUGAGGACUGAGAUUUCAAGAUCGUGUGAUCAUGGACAUGAAAAAGUUUGUUCAUUUGAAUGCUGAACAUCAAUUGCAGUAUUAUCUUUCCAAACUUGGCUAAAGUCUGGAUAAACUGGUGUGCUCCACGGAAUGUUUUUGUAGUUGAACUGUUGCUAAGCGCAUGUGGGGUCUUGGGGUGGAAACAGUCAGUAGAGUCGCAUUUUUAAUCAAAACGGAAAGAACUGCGGAUGCUGGGAAUCAGAAACAAAAACAGAAGUCAGAGUUAACGCUUUCGUCCGGUGACCCUGAGAACUCAAAAAAGCAAAACGGUUACCAGGCUGCACUUUGUCUCUCCAACAUAGCGGAGACCACAUUGUGAGCAAUGAAUACAGUAGACUAGACUGAGUGAAGUGCAAGUAAAGCGCUGCUUCACCUGGAAGUUACUCAACCUCAUCAGUUUAAAAAAAGAAUUGAAAUUGUGGAGAUUUUCUUGCAGAGAUGGAGACUGCCUCAUCCCAGGGACAAAGUAAUGACUUGGCAGAAGAUAGGACUGCUGCACAACGAUACAUGAUUCGAGUGAAUGGAGUUUUACAUAAUGUGAAAAAUGAAGACCCUCGGAUGUGUCUGGCUGAAUACUUGCGCUCCAGUCUACACCUUUGUGGAACAAAGACUAUGUGUUAUGAAGGAGGUUGUGGUUGCUGUGUUGUUGUGCUUGAAUAUGACAACCCUGCGAAACCAGAGAAAAGAAUCAUCAAGUCAAUGAAUUCAUGUUUGUUUCCAAUUGGCUCCCUCCUAUCAUUGAAGAACCAUCAAGUUAUAACAGUCGAGGCGUUGGGGUCUGUGAAGAAGGGUUUACACCCCAUACAACAGCGACUGGCUGAUUAUAAUGGAAGUCAGUGUGGAUUCUGCAGCCCAGGUUUUGUCAUGCAGAUGUUUGGGCAUGCCUCACUUUGGAUGGGAUCUCUCCUUCCUGACCAUACACACCUUACUGAUCCCAUGUUGUCAACACUGGAAGGAGGUGGCAGUGGUCAGCACCUCCACCUCUGA